GCGGCUCCCCUCCACCCGGCCCCUUCGGCGCGCUGCCGCCUGCCGGAGGCUCGGCGGAGCCGGGGUACCCCGAUCCCGGCCACAGGAUGGCCGCUCCCGAGGCAGGCAGCACAGGCGGUGUCAUCAGCUACGUGGGCUCCAGCUGCGCUUCGCCCAACCGCACCAGCCCCGUCUCGCUCUGCAGCGACAGCUCCAACGGCAGCUCCCAAUCUGGCUCCCAGCCCUUCCCCACAUACUUCCCCCCAUCACCCACUGGAUCCCUCCAGGAUUCCCGUGCCUACGGUGGAGGCUCGUUGGGCUCCCAUGAGGAUGGCUCCCCUUCAUCCUCCUCCUCUUCCUCCUCAUCCUACGGCUCCUCGGUUAACUUCCCUGGGGUGCAGCAGGUUGCUGCGGACGAACGGCGCCGCAGCUCGCCCAGCAAAGCUGGCAGCACUGUCACCAAGCUGAACGGGAUGGUGCUGCUCUGCAAGGUCUGUGGAGACGUCGCCUCCGGCUUCCACUAUGGCGUCCAUGCCUGCGAGGGCUGCAAGGGCUUCUUCCGCCGCAGCAUCCAGCAGAACAUCCAGUACAAGAAGUGCCUCAAGAAUGAGAACUGCUCCAUCGUCCGCAUCAACCGCAACCGCUGCCAGCAGUGCCGCUUCAAGAAGUGCCUGCUGGUUGGCAUGUCACGUGAUGCGGUGCGCUUUGGGCGCAUCCCCAAGCGGGAGAAGCAGCGGAUGCUGGCAGAGAUGCAGAGCGCCAUGAGCAGCAUGGGCAGUGUCCCACCAGCCAUGCCCGGCCCGGGCGAGGGUCCAGCCCCGGGUGGGGGCCGCCUGCUGCCCCCCGGCCCCACCCCGCCGCUCAUCCCGCCCCCCCCCGCCGCCUGCUUCUCCCAGUUCCCGCAGCAGCUGACCCCCCCCCGCUCACCCAGCCCUGGAGGGGCCACCGAGGACGUCAUCGCGCAAGUGGCCAAGGCACACAAGGAGAUCUUCAUCUAUGCGCAUGACAAGCUGGGACCCCCUCCUGCCUGUGAGAGCAGCCUCCUGCGCUGGGACACACCCCCGGCCUGGGCCCCCGGCCCCCCUGAGCCCCCGCUCUGCCCCCCUGUGUACCCUGAGACCCCGGCGCAGGGCUGCCCGUGGCCCCGCAGCACCAAGGACGUUCUGCCGGCUUGCCCCAUGAACAGCCACCGGCCCGGCCGCAGCGGGCGCUCGGUGCAGGAGAUCUGGGAGGAUUUCUCCCUCAGCUUCACUCCCGCUGUCCGUGAGGUGGUUGAGUUUGCCAAGCACAUUCCCGGCUUCCAGGCCCUGUCCCAGCAUGACCAGGUCACCCUGCUCAAGGCUGGCACCUUCGAGGUGCUGAUGGUUCGCUUCGCCUCGCUGUUCGACGUGAAGGAGCAGACGGUGACGUUCAUGAGCCGGACAAAAUACAGCCUAGAGGAGCUGUGGGGCAUGGGCAUGGGCGACCUGCUCAGCUCCAUGUUCGAGUUCAGCGAGAAGCUCAGUGCCCUUGACCUCACCGACGAGGAGCUGGGGCUCUUCACCGCCGUCGUCCUGGUCUCGGCAGACCGCUCGGGGAUGGAGGACACGGCAUCAGUGGAGCAGCUACAGGAGACGCUGAUCCGCGCCCUGCGUGCCCUCGUGCUGAAGACGCACCCGGCUGAGACGUCCCGGUUCACCAAACUGCUGCUGAAGUUGCCGGACCUGCGCACCCUCAACAACCUCCACUCUGAGAAGCUGCUCUCCUUCCGUAUCGAUGCCCAGUAGGGCCCCCAUGGACCCCUCCGGGCACCCACCACCCUGUACAUAGCACCGCGGGUUUGGGGGGGAAUACACAUGAGCCCCCCCCCGAGGGGCAGCACCAACACCAUGGCAUCCACUGGACUCCCAAAAGGUGGGCGCUGGGAUGCCAGGACACCCCCGUUCCCCCAACAGUGGGCACCAGCCCCACAGCAACGCCAGCAGCACCGGGGGGGGUUCCCCCAUCCUGGUCCCCCCACUCUGGCAGGCAGCGGUGGGAGGCAGAGGCCGGAUCCAGCCAAGCUCUAUGGGUGGGUUUGGUUGGGUUUGGUUUGGUUUCUUUUUUUGUUUUCAUCAUAUAUUUAUUACAUAAAUAUAUAGUAAAAUAGACCAGCAACAAUUA